AAUUGUGAUCUCAUUCCGGAUUCAUUUCUUGAUCCAAACUGAUCAAGUUGUAGAGAUUGUCAAGAAGAUGAACCACGUUGAAGAUAAUGUUAGUCGAAUGCCGAUUAUUACCUGAUCGGAGGUGAUCGGUGUGAAUUUAUUUUUCUGAAAAUAGAACUGGCUACACUGGAUCGAUCCCAUCUUAGUACUGAAGGAAUUCACUCCGUUUUCAUCACUCUCCCACUUCGAUUCACAGAGGGAAUUCGUCCAGAUUGUCAAGAAGAUGAACCAUGUUCACAGAGAGAAUUCGUCGAACACUUUUUCGCCCACUUCGAUUCAGCCUCCCUCAUAAUUUUCCCUCCAAUAUCAAACCCAAAAACAUUCAAUCCAGAUUGAAUCACAGAAUUCUAUUCCACAACCUCAACUUGUAGAUUAUGAAGGGGCCGUUUUUAUUGCUGUCAUUUGGAGAUGAAGAGAGGACACGAGGAGUCUUCAUCGUCGGCCUCUCUCGGACCGCCUCAAUCCAAAUUCAGACACAAUCCAGAUGGCGAUUCACAGUUUUUGGAGGAUGAGAGUACAAAGAUAUUUGCCAGGAAAGUGGCUGACCAUUAUAGUGCACGGACGAAUCAAACUCUAGAAGAGCGAGAAGCUAGUCCUAUUAUUCAUUUGAAGAAACUUAACAACUGGAUUAAAAGUGUCCUAAUUCAACUGUAUGCACACCGCGGAGACACUGUUCUUGAUCUUGCUUGUGGCAAGGGUGGAGAUCUAAUCAAAUGGGACAAAGCAAAUAUUGGAUAUUACGUUGGCAUUGAUAUAGCUGAAGGCUCGAUAGAAGAUUGCCGUACACGCUACAAUGGUGAUGCAAAACAUCAUCAACGUCGUAAAAAGUUCACAUUCCCUGCGCGUCUUAUGUGUGGAGAUUGUUUUGAGGUCUGUCUGGACAAUGUUUUGGAAGAAGAUUCCCCCUUUGAUAUAUUUAGUUGCCAGUUGGCCAUCAUCAAAAAACUAAGAGAAGCUGAAGGACUGGUUUUUGGUAAUAGUGUCUACUGGAUACGUUUUGAUGAAGAAUUUUCUGACAAGAAAUUUAAGUCUUCAAGUCCCUUUGGUAUAAAGUACAAGUUCCACCUUGAGGAUGCUGUUGAUUGUCCGGAGUGGAUUGUUCCAUUUCACAUCUUCAAAUCAUUGGCAGAAGAGUACAAUUUGGAGCUAGUUUUAGUGAAAAACUUGCAUGAACUUGUGGAUGAAUACUUGAAGAGACCAGAAUUUGUUGAGCUCAUGCGGAGACUUGGGGCCUUGGGAGAUGGAAACAAAGACCCGAGUACAUUAUCACCGGAUGAGUGGGAAGUAGCUUAUCUGUAUCUAUCAUUUGUAUUGAGGAAGCGAGGCCAACCUGAGCAGACGUGUGUAAAUGGUAGACGAGACAAAGGCAAGAUGCUUAUAUCAAAAGAAGACAUAAUGUUUAUUGACCAAUCAUCGUGAGUCGGAAAUUAGUCCCAAAAUCUAUCACGGUAUGGGACCUUAAAGCGAAACACGGAAGAAUGCCCUAGGCCCUAGGCCAAACACGACGUGUUUCUUAUUUAUCGUCUACGACUUUGUUAUAGAUUUAACUCGCCAUAGAAUUUUGUAGAAUUCAAGAAAAAAUGCAAUGUAGCAGUGGUUUUCCCAGCUUAUGCUUCCAAGGAAAUACAUUGAAUGUAUGUAUAUUCCUUGUAAUGUAUUGAAACAGUUGAGCUUGCUCCUCGGGUGAAACAAUGGAUGGAAUUUGAAUC